CAAUAUAAUUAUGCGAGAGAAUAGAUAAUUAACGUAUUAUGGUAAAAAUAAUGUCUGAUUAUAACAUAAACAAUACUAUUUAUUGAUUAUAUUUAUAAAGUAAGUAUACCUAUAUUAUAUUCUCUUUUUUUCAGAAACUAAGUAAAGAUGUGGCUAAAACUAAAAGUACUUUUAUGGAAAAGCUUACAACUACGAAAACGACAUUGGUUAAAUACUAUAAUUGAAAUAUUAAUACCGUGUUUGUUAUUUUUUUUUAUGAAUUCACGUGUUUCAAAAGAUAAAACACAUGAACCUAUAAUGAUAAACCAAAGUAUACCAAGCCCUAUUUCUGAAGACAUUUUAUAUGCAGAUUAUGGGACUGCAUUAUCAUCGUUUGAUUUUAUAUAUACUCCACAAACUAUUGAAACAGAGCAAAUUAUGAACACUGUAAAAACAAAAUUGAAUAUUUUGCCUAAUAACAUUGAAACAGCUAUUAAUGAAGAUGAAAUGAUAAAGAAAUUUAAAAGCAAAUUUAAUAGAGGUCAAAGAAAUUUAUCAUAUAGUGGAUAUGGAAUUGUUUUUGAAAAAACUAUGAAAUCCCAGGUUUUAAAAUACAAGAUAAGAAGCACAUAUAAAUCAUGGACAACAGAUCAAUUGUUUCCAAUAAUAGAAUUGCCUGGACCUAUGAAUGAAGGUUUAAUAUACCUAGAAAUGGGAUUUGUAGCAUUACAAUUAACCUUAGACAAAGCUUUUAUUUUGUUGAGUGUCAAUAAUAAAAGUGGUCUUAAUAUAAAUGACUAUAAUUUAGCAAUUCAGUCAUAUCCUUAUACAAAUUACAUACAAGCUUCACUAUCUGGACUUAUAUUUGAAGCAAUGAUUCCGUUACUCACCGUUUUAAGUUUUUUGUUAAUGUGUACCUAUACAAUUAAGAGAGUCGUUGAAGAAAAAGAUUCGGGAGUAAAAGAAUUGAUGAAAAUUAUGGGUCUUAAGCCAUGGAUGAUAUGGACAGGAUGGAUAUUACACAACUUUUUUGUAUAUGCCAUAUCAAUCACAGUUAUCACGUUUAUUACUUGCUUUGGAACAUCUACUGGCCAAACAACAAUGAUAUUAAAUUAUACAAAUCCAUUACUCUUCUGGAUUUUGUUAAUGACUUAUAUGAUUGCUGGAGUAUUUUUUUGUUUUGCAAUUAGUAGUUUUUUUAAUCAGCCAUUAAUUGCUUUAAUUGUUGGUAGUAGUGUAUGGUGUGUCUCUUACAUGUUACCGCAACAGUUAUUAAGCAAUUCUCCAAACAUUCUAAUCCAAACACUAUUCACAUUAUUUCCAAACUACGCAAUAGCAUUAGCUUAUAUACCUAUAAUGUCACUUGAAACUCAAAGAAAAGGUCUUCAAUUCUCCACUCUAUUUAUUACUGGAAAAGGUGAUAGCAAUUUUUCGGUUGGCUUUAUUUUACUGAUGUUUGUUGUUGAUUGCUUAUUAUAUGGAUUUAUUGCUUGGUACAUUGAUUCAGUCAAGCCAGGAAGAUUUGGUAUAGCAAAACCAUUUAACUUCUUGUGUAAAUGGCCAAAAAACAAGACCGAAGAUACUGUAAUGGCUCCCAUCGGUAUAAGCAACAGUAGGCUUUUCGAAAAACCUCCAAGCAAUUAUGAAGUUGGAAUUAGUGUACAAAACUUACAUAAACAUUUUGGAAAUUUUCAUGCAGUUAAUGGAGUAAAUUUGGACCUAUAUAAAGGGCAAAUUACUGCUCUUUUAGGUCACAAUGGUGCUGGGAAAACAACAACAAUGUCAAUUAUAACAGGGUUAUUAUCCCCAACAUAUGGUACAGUGUAUGUUAAUGGGAAUGAUUUAUUUAAAGACAUUGACAAUUUUAGACAAGAUCUCGGUUUAUGUCCUCAACAUAAUUUACUUUUCUCUUAUUUGACUACUCUGGAUCAUUUAAUAUUUUUUGGAAUGCUAAAGGGUUUGUCAUUGCAAAAUGCAAAAUCAAAGGGCUUAGAGUUGCUUAAACUUUUAAAUAUAUUGCAUAAGAAAGCAGACCUAGUGAGUAAUCUUUCUGGAGGAAUGAAAAGAAAGGUGUCUCUUGCUAUUGCAUUAACUGGAAAUCCUAAAAUACUUAUAUUAGAUGAACCAACAUCUGGAAUGGAUCCUGAAUCCCGAAGAGAAAUGUGGGACUUACUUAUUUCUUUUAGAGGAGUAAGAACUAUUUUGAUAACAACACAUUUUAUGGAAGAAGCUGAUGUCCUUGGUGACAGGAUUGCAAUCAUGGACCAUGGACAAGUAAAAUGUUAUGGCUCUACAUUAUUUUUAAAAAAAGCCUAUGGUACUGGUUAUAAUUUGACAAUUGUAAAAGAAGAACCAUGCGAUGAAUCUAAAAUUAUAGAAGCAAUUAAAAACAUUAUACCAGAAGCAGAAGUUCAAAGCUCAUUAACUGCUCAAGUUGUCAUUAAUUUACCUAAUGAAAAUACUGAUCAAUUUCCAGAACUAUUUGAAAUAUUAGAACGCAAUAGAGAAACAUUUUCUAUAAAAGGAAUGGGUGUAUCUUGUACAACAAUGGAAGAAGUUUUUCUAAAAGCUGAAAACAAUUUACCAGAUAGUGAAGAUGAUAAUAUGUUAGUUCAUAGUUCAGUCACAACUGGAGUUGAUGGAGAUGAACCAAAAGAACCAUCUAAUAAUGAUACACAAAUAUUUCUUCCAGAGUAUACAAGUAAAAAAAGUUCAAUGAAACAUCGGUUUAAGGUAUUGUUGGAGAAAAAAGCAGUUUAUACAUACAGGAGAUGGGUUCCAUCAUUAUUUUUUGGAAUUGCACCAAUUCUGUUGGGCUUGUUAACUAUGCAAUUAACUAAUAAUUCAAUCAAUACAUCCAUUGUAUCUAAAAGUUUAAAAAUAUCACUAAGCACCUACAAAGGUAGCAGUGUAUAUUACCGUGCUGGAGAUAAUUCCCCGGAAAAUUUGGAGCCAACAUUUGUAACCAUUUCUAGAAAAAAUAAAGCUACUGUCAAUGAAGUAUCAUCAGAAAACAAUAUAAUUAAUGAUUUAUUAAAAAUGUGCAAAAAAGACGUAUUAAAUUACAGAACAAAUCUUAUGAUUGCUGGUGACUUUAACAAAACAAAAUCAACUAUCUUUUACAAUAAUAUAGCUAUUCAUACUCCAGCAAUUGCAGUAAAUCUUUAUUCUAAUGCACUAUUACAAAAGUUGUCCGGCAAUGAUGAAUCAUAUAUUUCAACUGUUAAUGAACCGAUUGAAAUGAGUAGUAUAAAAAAAUGUGAUGAAGGACUUGGCCAUUUAUUAGUAUUGCUUUGGAUGACUACUUUCACGCCUGGUUUAGUGUAUUUAAUAGGAUAUUUUAUAGCGUUACCAUUAAAUGAAAGAGUAAGUGGAAUCAAACACUUACAAAUGAUGACUAAACUUUCACCAAUCAUGUAUUGGGUUACUUGUCUCAUUUGGGACUAUUUUUGUUACAUAAUUGUGGUUUUAUUAACAUUGGCCGUUAUGUAUUUAAUGGAUAUAAACGACAUAUUUACUGGUUUAAAUGAAGUAAGUUCUUUUUAUUUUUUAUUUUUCAUGUCAACUGUCGAUAAUUUUAAUAUUUUAGCUAUUGGUUCUAAACGUAAAAGUUAUUUUGUUUUCAAAUCUGAUGAGGAUCCUGAUGCCAUACUAGAAGAAACUUUAUUUUUAUUACUUAGUAGCAUACUCUACAUAUCCGUUAUACUAUUAUUUGAUUAUAAAAUAUUUCAUCGGUUAAAUCAGUGUGUAUUUAACAGAAUCUAUGGCACUGGUGUUAGUUAUAGAGAUGUUAGUGAAGAUCCAGAUGUUGGUAGUGAAAGAGAUAAAGUUAAUGCAGCUAAGACUCAUUCAAAUAGUGCUUCAUCACCAUUAUUGGUGGUUGAUGACAUAGUUAAAAAGUUUAGUUUUAAAUUCACCGGUGUAAGGGGUAUAAGUUUUACUGUUUUCCCUGGUGAAUGUUUUGGCUUACUCGGUGUGAAUGGGGCAGGUAAAACAACUACAUUCCGAAUUUUAACUGGAGAUACAUUUCCUUCAAAAGGUGACGCUUCUAUUCUUACUGAUAAGUUGUACAAACUCAGCUCUGACCUAAAUCAGUAUGUUUCUUUGAUUGGUUAUUGUCCUCAAUUCGAUGCGAUAAAUGAUCAACUUACUGCAAGAGAAACUUUAAAACUAAUGGCCAUUUUGAGAGGAAUUUCGCCAGCAAACACCAAAAACCAUGUUGAUAAAUGGAUUAGACUUUUAGGUCUUGAAGAACAUAAAGAUCGACUCUGUGGGACAUAUAGUGGUGGUAAUAAGAGAAAAUUGAGCACUGCAAUGGCAUUAAUUGGAGAUCCUCCUGUUGUGUUUUUGGAUGAGCCCACUAGUGGAGUAGACCCUGUGGCAAGGCGUAAUUUAUGGCAAUUAUUAGCUGCUAGUCAAAGAGGUGGACAAGCCAUUGUACUUACAUCGCAUAGUAUGGAUGAAUGUGAAGCACUUUGCAACCGUUUGACAAUAAUGGUGGGCGGUUUAUUAAAAUGUAUUGGUAAUAUACAAUAUUUGAAAAAUCGUUAUGGACAAGGAUAUACAAUAAUGGUAAAACUACGUAAUAUUGAAAAUUUCAAUGUUUCUGAACUAAAAGCUGAUUUAGAAAGUCAGUUUGCUCCAGACAUCAGUUUAAAAGAUGAACAUACGGGUUUAUUGCAUUAUCACGUUACCAAUCCAAAUAUACUAUUGUCUGAGAUAUUUCGUAAAAUGAAAGAAACUAAAGAAAAUUAUAAUGUAAUUGAAGACUUUACUGUUGGUGAUACAACCCUUGAACAAGUAUUCAUCGCAUUUGCAAAGAACCGGGCAGUUUUAAAUACAAGGGAAUAA